AGCAACUUAUGACCAUUCUUUUCUAUUAAGUUUUUCAAGAUUAAAUGUUAUAUAAAUACUAACAUCAAUUAAUAAUUAUACCAACGAGGGCUUACCUGAACAGGGUAAAUAUAUGAAAUGAUAAGUAAAGUAAAUAAUCUAGCUUUGAUCUAAUAGAAUCGAUAAACGAUAAACAUAUCGAUAUACAACUUACACAAACUUACGUGACUCGAGACAUCGGUAUUAAGUAAUUUCGGUAGCAUCAGAUAACGAUGACUUUAUACUGGGAAUGUUACUGAAAUCAUUGAUAUUGUCAGUUAGAUGCUCGUAUAAAAGAGAACUCGAUUAGUUUCGCGAAAUAAACCAUUCACAAUGGCGUCCGCAGCGUGGCUUGCUUCUCUAUUACUUCUCUCCAACGUAUUCGUGAUCCGGGCGCAGUACCCUUGCGCCUUGGGAUCACAGGGAUACCCCGGCUACGGGGCUCCUCCGCCAUACCCCAUCAUUGUAAAAUCUGGCAAUGACGACGGUAUGAAGACUAUCCUGCCCAUUCUUCUGCUCCUUCUAACUGACGGAUGUGGAGGCAAUGGGGGCUGCGGCGGCGGGUGCGGGGGCGGCUGCGGGGGCAACGGGGGCGGCGGGGGCUGCCAGGCCAUCCCGAUUCCAUACCCCAUCCCGUACCCGGUCUGCCAGGGCCAACAAGCCAACGGUUAAGCAUUUCUAUAAUACACCGAUCAGUAACUUCAGUCUGGGUAUUUUUUCUUUUUAGUAUUUUAGUGAAUUCUUUCGGUACUCAUUUCACAGGUUUAACAUUCUUUGGCUUCUAGUAUUUCUUUUAAAAUAUAAGCACUGAAUGUUGCCAAAAUAUCAAAACAUUCUGUAAAUAUCGAAUGACCGCCAAAGUAUUCCAAUUAAUUGUUAAUUAAAUACCUUUCUUUACAAUUGAACGCACUGAAAUAAUUUAGGUUAAAAUUAGCACAUUUGCACGUAUUGCUAUAUUGUUGACGUAUUUUUCGAGUAUUUUGUAGAAAACAAGCUUGUGAUCAGUUUAACUUCUAAAAUUUACUUUUUAUAGAGUUUUUCGUCUAUUAGAUCAGAAAUUUAUUGCCGAAUAUUAUACCUAACAUUUAAAAAAACUGUAUGUAUUGCUGCCGUUUUGUCGACAGUGAAAAUAAAAAACAAAUUAUCUUCCG